AUGAAUGUCGGGAAAAAUAAAAUGAGCAUAUAUGCAAAUGCUCUCGGACUGGCCUCUAUGUUGGUGCCCACAAUGAUUUAUCUAUCGGACAUAUCUACAGAAACAAAUGGUCCGGGUAGGCUUGUGGCUGCAGUGUCUAGCUCACUCUUCAGCAUAUUCAUGCUGGUUUACUGGAUAGUAAGAAACUGGUGUGUGAACCUUUCUUCCUGCGGAUCCAAGCAAUAUUUUUUCUAUCUUACACUCAUCGUACUGUGUACAGCAGGGUUAGCUACAUGUGUCGGAGAAACGUUUUUAUAUGGCCUCCAUGACGAUGGUGUAGAUGUUCUGAAGAUGUUUGCAACCUUCUCCUCGAUUAGCUAUUUGCGAUUUAAGUGCUUAGGACUCCUCCCCCGCCCUGUUUAUAGAAGCAGUGGCGUUGGGAAUGCCGUUUCAAUUGCUUCUAUUAUCAUGGUAGUCUGCGCAAUUGCCAUCAAUGCAAAAACUAACGAUAUGCUUGUGGUGUCAUGGAGCUUUGUAUUAAGUGGUGUUGUGCUAGCAUCAAUCUCGCUAGCUGAAGAAAUACUCUUGUCUCGUGAGAGGGAUAUAUGGGAUGUGUCCAAGAACCAGCUUCGGUCAUUUGAUAUUGUCCAGUUGAUCUUAUUCUCACUUGCAUACUAUUGGCCCGACAGGUCAAGAUUUUAA